UGGUAUUUCCGUCGCGCAAACGCCGCCGCAGACCAGGAAAAAAAAAGCCCAAUUCAGAUUGCGAUCGCCGCCGGUCGCCGCCCAAUACGGGGAUUGCGAUCGCCAUGGCCGCCACGGGCUGCUCGGACCUCCCGCCGGAGCUCCUCACCGACAUCGCCGGCGGGAUCGCCGAGCUCGCCGACAUCGCACGCUUCCGCUCCGUCUGCUCGUCCUGGCGGUCGGCGGCGCGGGACGCCGCGGCCGCGCCCCCGCCGCAGCCGCCGUGGCUCCUCCUCCCGUCCUCCCCGUCCCGGCUCUUCUUCUGCCCCCGGGAGGACCGAAUCUACCCGGACCUCCGCCUGCCCCGCCCCGCCGCGGACGCGCGCCACCGCCGCCGCCGCCGCCUCUACGCGUCCCCGCACGGCUGGACCCUCGCCGUCGACCCCACCGACCUCGCGGCCUCCCUCGUCCACCCCUUCACCGGCGCCGCCCGCCCGCUCCCGCCGCUCCCGGCUUUCUUCGCCGAGACCGACGACCUGGCCUGGGACUGGUCCCCGCACGGCGUCAUGGCGUCCUGCGGCGAGGGCCUCCUCUUCUGCGCCGCCGACCCGCCCGCCGCCUCCUGGGCCCCGAUCCCCGCCCUGGCCGACUGCAACACCAGCAGCAUCAACUACGCCGCCGGCGAGUUCUUCGUCUUCGAGGAGGACGUCUGCCGCACCACCGUCGUCGACGCGCUCACCCUCGACGUCUCUGCCGUCGUCCCGGGCCCCGCCGUCGAGCUCCCCUCCGAGGCGCGCCUCGUGGUUGCCGGCGAGGAGCUCUUCCUCCUCGUCAAGUCCAAGUGGAUGUACCUCUUCGGCGACGACGUCGACUUCUCCAAGGCCUUCCAUGUCAACCACCGCAGCGUCGAUCCGGCCUGGCAGGAGCUCGACGGCAUCGGCGACCGCGCGCUGUUCGUGGAUUCCCUCCACGGGUUCGCCGUGCCGACGGCGGGAUUUGGCAAUCUCGAGAGCAACACCAUCUACUCGGUGAGCAGCAAGGAGGUGAGCAGCAGGCGUCCCACCACGGUGAACUACAGCGUGUCGGCCUUCAGCCUGGAGAGCCGUACCUCCAAGAAACUUGCGUGCCGGCUUAACGGCCGGGAGAUGGCCAUGCGUGGCGAGACGCCAUCGUGGAUCAUACCAAGCUUGGUUGAAGGCUGAGGCCGCGUGCUUGGAAGAUCGUCGUUAUUGGGCAAUCGAUGUUGCUACUUGAUACAUGGUUCUAGGAAAAGUCUUCUCGUCGAGGUCAAUCAAGUUGUGCUUGGUUGAUAACCAACAGAGUAGUGGUGUAACGAUUGCUUGACUUCGAAUCGUGCUGAUUAGAAGCCGGAUCGCCAACGUCACACACUCCAUCAAUCGAAUUUACCUCUACAUCUCGAAAGACCGGGCCUACUCCUCAUCAGGUGAUGUGUUGAGUACUAGAGUUCAGUAUAUAAUAUUAUAAUUUGAGAAAUACGGUUACAUAUCCAAUAUUGUGGACCUAGCCACCUAGGAAUAUACUAUCAGGUACACUUUUUGAUUAUUGAAUGUCCUUUCCUGUCUCGUUUUCCUGUUUGAAUGGUCAUUUGCCAGUGACAAAUAGCACAAUUUGCUUAACUUGCUACAUGUUGUGCCAUUGGUGGUCCAUUAAGGACUUUUUGGGUAAUCACUGUACUCCCCUCUCUGACUCUGCUAGAUUUUUUUUUUAAGCUAGACUCUGCUAGAUUCGUGGUGAAGCUUUUUUGUGAUUUGGCUGCGAUGAUGCCAUCCCGGGGAGGAAAAUACUCAGAAAAUGACGUGCCAAUUCUCCGGGGUUAGGAGACGGACAAGGAUGGGAUUAAAGGAAAGGAUGACAGGGAGAUGAUGCAUGGGCGGCGGGGAAUAGCUGCUGAUAGGAUUGCUUGUGUGCGAUAAUGAAACAAGCACCCGAUUAUCUACCAUUAUUUCCUCGAGAACUUAUAGAAGAAUAAUCACCGGUUGUAAUCGAGUCUGACUCGACGAUGGUAGCAGCAGGCAGCAGCUAGCGACAUUCGUUUGCUGUCGCGUGUGGUGUAAAAUGGGCAAUGGUUUUACUUUGUUGUCUUAAAGAGAGCGUUUUAUGCCAGUAAGUUCUUCUAAUCAACAGGUACAGGAAAGCAGCAA